AAGUUUUCUUCUCUCUGUAAUUCUGUAUGGUAUAUUUUCAAUGACUGCAGUUGGUUAUGAAGAUCUUUUGCCAGUUUUUGCUGCUACACCUGAGAUUUAUAAUGGAUUGAGUAUGAAUACAUCAGACAUUGGUUUAUUGUAUUUAUUAACAGGUGUUUCUAUGAUUGUUAUUCAGUUUUUUGCCAUCAAUAAGUUUGUAAACAGAUAUGGCGUCAAAAAGGUAUUUUGCACAUCAACACUGCUUUAUUCUGGUUUAGUUUUUUUACUCCCAACAACCAGGCUAAUUAAAAAUAGGAAAGGAUUGUGGGUAGGAUUGUGGAUUACCCAAUGCCUUAUUAGAUCAAUGUACACUGCAGGUCUUUUAUGUAUCCAUGUUUUUAUAAACAAUUCUGUUGAACCAGAGUUUCUAGGAUUGGCGAAUGGUGUUGGAUUAUCUUUUGCUUCAUUAGGAAGAGCAAUUGGCUCAGUAAUUUUUGGUCAAGCAUACUCCUGGUCAAUGAAGAAUUUAAAAAAUCGAUUAGAUUUGCACAAAGCUGUUUCGUUUCCAUUUAACGAGUACUUGGCUUUUGCACUGAUGUCUGUUUCUACGUUAGUUGUCUUAACAGUUGGUACUUGCCUUCCUAAUAGCAUUAAUAAGAAAUACAUUUCGCCAAAAUUAAAUCAAGAAUGUGAAAUGGAAAAAACACAAAAAGUUUAAUUUUUUGGUUAUUGUGAAAUUUAA